UGGCGCACUUUCUUGUUUACGGCAUUUCAUUUUCUGCCGAAAUUCGCAAAGGCAACUUCCCCGAUUAAAUUAAAUCUUAAUAAUUUGCUAGAAAAUGAUGGAGGCCUUUGAUCCACGUUCGAUUAUCAACGGCGGCAUGCUGAAGCAGUUUUCUGGCCAAACAGUGAGCAUUAUGGUUCGCGUGGAGAGCGUGGCAGGAUCCACUUUGCUGGCCAGUUCUACGGAUAACCACAAGCUUAAGAUCAACCUUCCGGGAGAAUUGUGUGCCACCGAUGGAGCCUGGGUGGAGGUCAUUGGAGUGCCCCAUGGCGCAGAUACCAUCAGGGCUAAGGAGGUUAUUGAAUUCGGCGGCGAGAAGAUCGACUUCGACAAGGAUGGCUACAAUGGCUUGAGCCACCUGAUCAACAAUGUCAAGGCCUUCUAUCGCAGCGGCUAGGUGUCCAUCAUCUCAUUUCCACAUUAAGAUCUAAGAAUUAUAUAUACGCUAAUCUUAUUUGUUUCCAUGUUUUGUUAACUGGAAUAAACUAUAAAUAUUAAGAAGGUGUUA